AUUUGACCUCCAUGGGAUGCUUUGCGACACGUUGGCUCACUUUACGAUGAAGGCCUGACGACAGCCGUAAAGCAAAGCGGCCACAUCCGGAAGGAAGGUUAAAUUGACGCCAGCAAAACACGCGCGAUGCCGUUCGUGGACCUGCAGACGCGCCUGGGCGUGAACGUGGACCGCUGGAUGCUGCUGCAGAGCGGCCCGCAGCCCGGGCGGCGCCCCGCCCGCUGCCACGCCUUCGAGAAGGACUGGAUCGAGUGCGCCCACGGCAUCGGGCAGACGCGCGCCAAGCAAGAGUGCCGUCUGGAGUGGGAGGACUUCUACGAGUGCAUGCACAAGCAGAAAAUGCACCAGCGUCUGUACGCCAUCCGCCAGCAGCGCGACAAGAUGAUGAAGGAGGGCACGUACGCGCCCCCCGCCUGCCACACGGCCCGCGACCGACACCCCUCCGAGCCGUGAACGCCGCUCGACGCUCCUUUCUUGUCUUGUACGCUCAAAACGUUCCUCUGCCGUUGAAUAAUAUGAACAAGAAAAACAAACUGCUGA